CGUAACUUUUCUGACUUAUCCCUAUCGCUACAUACUGAAUUUUGUAUUUUAUAUCAUUCACUCGUUCACUGCUCCUCUUCAUUUCUCCGGCCAUGGAAGCCAGAAUCUUUUUCCGCUUUCUCUUCCUUUCUCUCACCUUUGGAAUACUAUUCUUACUCCUCACCUGGCUCACCUUCCCUCACGCGCCUCCCUCCCCGCCGGAGCUUCUCGACUGUCCCAGGAACUCCCCCUGGUGCAUUUCCAAGAACCGCUUCCAGCAUCAGCUCAAGCAACCAAACACCCCAGAACCCACGCGCCUCCGGGACCACGGUCGCGACACCCCACGCCACCCGCUCGACCCUCUAACCGUCCAAGAGAUUAGUAAGGUUCGAACCCUCCUUUCCUCCCACGACCUCUUCCGCGCGUCGCUUUACACGCUCCACACCGUCGAGCUUGAUGAACCGGAGAAGUCUCUCGUCCUCGGAUGGAAGAAGGGCGACCCACUUCCGCCACGGAAGGCCUCCGUCGUCGCACGUGUGAGAGGAGCCUCGCACGUGCUGACCGUCGACCUGAGUACCAACGAGGUGACCGUACAAAAAACCGGUCAGCAUUCCGGUUACCCGACGAUGACGAUAGAGGAUAUGACUACGGCCACGGUGGUCCCACUACAGAGCGCCGUGUUCAACCGUACGAUCGUUGAUCGGGGAGUUGAUCUGACGGAUCUGGCGUGCUUGCCGAUCUCACUGGGAUGGUUCGGUAAGGCCGAGGAAGGGAGGAGGAUGAUUAAGGUACAGUGCUAUUCUAUGAAAGAUACGGUGAACUUCUAUAUGAGACCAAUAGAAGGGUUGACCAUAACCGUUGACCUAGACACCAAACAAGUGGUGGAAAUAUCCGAUAAGGGCAAGACCAUACCUAUACCAAAGGCCACCAAUACGGAUUAUCGGUUUUCAACCAUGGAGCAUAACAGGGUCAUAAACUUACUGAACCCGAUAUCCAUCGAGCAACCGAAAGGUCCGAGUUUUGUGAUAGAAGAUGAUCACUUAGUCAAAUGGGCGAAUUGGGAAUUUCACCUCAAACCCGAUGCAAGAGCGGGUGUGAUAAUAUCUCGGGCCAGGAUGCGAGACCCGGAUACGGGUGAGCUGAGGAAUGUGAUGUACAAAGGGUUAGCUUCGGAGCUAUUUGUUCCCUACAUGGACCCGACUGAUGCAUGGUAUUUUAAGACUUACAUGGAUGCGGGCGAGUAUGGGUUUGGGUUGCAAGCCAUGCCGCUCGACCCACUUAACGAUUGUCCCCGGAAUGCUUACUACAUGGACGGUGUUUUUGCCGCCGCUGAUGGCACCCCCUACGUGAGGUCUAACAUGGUUUGUGUGUUCGAGAGCUACGCCGGCGAUAUUGCGUGGCGGCACGCCGAAAGUCCUAUUACGGGGAUGGAUAUUAGGGAAGUAAGGCCGAAGGUGACACUUGUGGUGAGAAUGGCAGCAUCGGUUGCAAACUAUGACUAUAUUGUAGAUUGGGAGUUUCAAACCGAUGGAUUAAUCCGAAUUAAGGUUGGGCUUAGUGGUAUAUUGAUGGUGAAAGGCACCCAAUAUGAGAACACUGAUCAAAUCUCUAAUCAAGAUGAUCUCUACGGGACACUAUUGUCUGAAAAUGUCAUUGGUGUCAUUCAUGAUCAUUACAUCACCUUUUAUCUUGAUAUGGACGUGGACGGCUCUGAUAAUUCCUUUGCCAAAGUGCAUAUUCAAAGAGGGAAAACCUCACAAGAAAGCAGUUCACCAAGGAAAAGUUACUUGAAAGCUACUAAAAUAGUGGCAAAAACCGAAAAAGAGGCACAAAUUAAGCUAAAACUCUAUGACCCUUGUGAGUUCCACGUGUUCAAUCCGACGAAGAAAACUCGGGUUGGAAACCCGGUCGGGUACAAAGUUGUACCCGGCGGCACUGCUGCUAGCCUUCUUGACCUUGACGACCCUCCGCAAAAGAGAGGCGCUUUCACAAAUAACCAAAUUUGGGUUACUCCUUAUAACCGAAGUGAGCUCUGGGCUGGUGGCUUAUUUGUUUACCAAAGUCAUGGUGAAGAUACUCUUGCUGUGUGGUCUGAGAGGGAUAGGGAUAUUGAAAAUAAAGACAUAGUGGUUUGGUACACUUUGGGAUUUCACCACGUGCCAUGUCAAGAGGACUAUCCUAUAAUGCCUACAGUCUCAUCUAGCUUUGAUCUUAAGCCUGUUAAUUUCUUUGAGAGCAACCCAAUUCUUCGAGUCCCUCCCAACGUUGAGAAUGAUCUACCAUUCUGUAAAUCGCCUUAUUAGUUAAUUAAUCUCUACAUCUCUACUUGUUGUGUCUUUAUAGGAUGAAUAGAUUAAUAUAUAUCAUCCUUAUUCCACUGUAAUACCUUUUUAUUUUUUUAAAAAAAAACAAAUUAUAUAUGAUCA